GGAUAACCACUCAAUUGAUGUUGAUACUGCUCUCUAUAUCGUUUCAGAACGUUACCCCGUCUCCCCCUGAUCCUGAGAGCCGUGGUGCUAAGCCGUUAGUCACCACCGAACUGCCCCUCCCUGACCACCUGCCAAAUCCAACACCUAGCUUAAACUCAUGCUCUCUUCAGUGAGUGAUUAUCGGGUGGCCUAUGCGCCCACUUAUCUUUAUCGCAUCGCAGA